AUCCAUGUCAUGACGAUACUGCAGGCUCCAAUUGUCAGCUGAACUGUGUUUGCCCAUCUUCAUUAUACAUUCUGUCUCAAAUCUACUUGUCGACAUAGACUCAAUAAGCUUGCUUAUUAGUACGUCCAAGAACGACGUACAUGGCUUCAGCUGCUGCGGCUAGCAGCGCUGUUAAGGAGGCCUUGGUCGUCGUCGCCGUGUGCAUCGUGCUGCUGCUCCACUCUUCGGCGGGACAUCAGCCGCCCAAGUCGCCGCCUCCACCGCAUUGCCAUUACACGGGGCAGCAGCCACCGCCCUCGCCGGUGCCAGCGUCGUUGUACUCGCCGCCGCCGCCACCACCAGUACCAGCGCCCAUGCCGUCGCCGUCGCCGCCGCCACCGCCACCGCCAGUACAAGCGCCCAUGCCGCCGCCGCCGCCGCCGGCACCAACGCCGACACCUGCGCCAACGCCCACGCCGUCGCCGUCGCCGGCACCCGUCAAUAACUGCAGCUACAUGUACUGCGCCAUGCAAUGUAGCCCGGUCUGCCAAGCCCCACGACGCCGGCAUCGCCAAGUGCGAAAGCGACCUCGCCACCCUACAACGGGUGCUACGACAGCUGCACCAGCCAUGUCUGCCCCGGCGACUCCUGCGCCGGCAGUGGCUGCGGCUUCGGCCACUGCCCCUGCGACAACGCCAACGCGACCAGCUGCUGCCAGUCCUGCGGCAACGUUCUGUACCCCGAGGAGCAGCGCUGCCGGAAUUACUACGACAGGGCUGUGGAGUACUGCAUGAUCGACUGCCAGGACACCUGCUACAAGAACUGCACUCAGGGCGCGUAGAGCUCUUGCUUGGUCUUGUCAUCUCAGUUAGACUGAAUGUUUCUGUAUGUUCAUGACGUUUCUACGAUCGAUCAAAUAAAACAAGGUGAUGAGCAUUGAGCUC